UGAAGUCUCCUGGUUUGCACUCUCGGUUCAUCGUUUGUUCUCGCUGUUGUCAGUUUCACAGUCUGAUUGCCUGUCGCCGCUGUGUGGAAUCGCCUGCAGUAACCUCUCACAAUGUCUGAUUCUGCCUCCGCCGCUCAAACUGCAGAGGAAAGACCGGACCCACUUGAGGAGGAUGUUACCGAGGUUGCAAAAUCCUCCCACAUCCGCUAUGCAGAGGAUAUUGAAGCUGGCACUCGGCGUGGCUUGAAGCGCAGAGGCUCUGAGUCUUCUUUGUCGAUACGUACGAUACGAUCGGUGUCUCGUGCGCGCCGUGAAGUUGACCCUGGUGUCGCCCUUCCAAUCGAAUUUCGGACUCUUUCAUUCAAUGUUGAACAGAGCCAAACUCGGGAAGAACCAGAACUUCCCUUGAAGGGAGAUGUCAGUAAAGAUGAUGCAGUUUUGGACUUCGCCACCCUUGACUGGCACAUAAUAAAUCCUGUUGAGCUUUGUACCCGUCUCUCUACGUCCCUGUCUUUUGGCCUGUCUUCCGAUGCUGCAAUUCGGAAAAUUGAGGAAUAUGGGCCCAACGUACCAUCGCCUCCACCGUCAAGGUGGUUCCGUAAACUCAUCGCAUACUUCUUUGGCGGCUUUGGAUCAAUCCUUCUGACAGCUUCUAUACUCGUCUUCGUUGCUUGGAAACCACUAGGACGGCCACCAGCCCAGGCCAAUCUUGCGCUGGCAAUCGUGCUUGCCGUCGUUUUUGUGGCACAAGCCUUCUUUAACUUCUACCAAGAUUGGUCUAGCUCGCGGGUCAUGUCUUCUAUCAAAACUAUGCUUCCAGAAGAAUGCAUACUGUUGCGUGAAGGCACCAAAAAACAAUAUAGUGGUGCUGAUAUCGUGCCGGGCGACGUCUUGUACAUCAAGAUGGGCGAUAAACUACCUGCCGAUAUCCGCUUUGUGGAGGUUUCUCCGGACGUCAAGUUUGAUCGCUCGAUACUUACUGGUGAAACCUUGCCUUUACGCGGUACGGUUGAUUCUACCGACGACAACUUUCUAGAGACCUCAUGUAUUGGUUUAGCAGGAACACAUUGCGUCUCAGGAUCCGCGGUUGGCGUUGUGAUCGGCACUGGAGACCGCUCGGUCUUUGGGCGUCUUGCAAAACUUACCAGCACACCUAAGCGUGGCCUCACUACCCUUGAAAAGGAGAUCUACUACUUUGUCGCCAUAGUAGUCUCAAUGAUGGUGCUUAUGGUUGUUUUGGUCAUCGCCGUCUGGGCUGGAUGGCUAAGAAAAUCACACCCCGACUGGAUUUCUGUCCCCAUGCUUAUCGUCGACUGCGUUAGUGUAGCAGUGGCUUUCAUUCCCGAGGGUCUUCCUAUCGCCGUAACUGCCAGCUUAACCAUCACAGCAAAUAUUAUGAGGAAGAACUCCGUUCUUUGCAAAUCCCUAAAGACAGUAGAAACCCUUGGCUCCGUCAGCGUUAUCUGCUCCGACAAAACAGGCACCUUGACCAAAAACCAAAUGCGUGUUACCGAUUGCCUCGUUGGUCGCGAUGCCGUGAGCGCUGCAGAGGCUCAUGGAAAGCUUCAACUUUCUCGUAUCUCUUUCAAUGUGGCCGAGCCAUCUCAGGGCUGCAGACAGCUCUCUCUUGUCGGCACCAUGUGUAACGCGGGCGAGUUCGACGCUUCCACCAGCCAGCUUCCGGUAUCCGAGCGUAAAGUCAACGGCGAUGCUACCGAUACGGCCAUUCUACGUUUCUCAGAGGGGAUAUCCUCUGUGCACGAAACAAGACAGAAGUGGCGCAAUGUCUUUCGCGUCGCGUUCAACAGCAAGAACAAGUUUAUGAUACAGGUUACGCAGCGUAACGUCUUCGACCUGGCAAAAGACGCUUUGACUGAUGUGGAAAACCCCAAGCCUGACGACAUGGUUCUGAUGAUCAAAGGUGCCCCCGAUAUACUGCUUCCUAGGUGCUCGCGAUAUACGGACUAUGAUGGCUGCCCGCAGCCGAUGGAAGACAAAGAUAUCAAAUUCAUUGAGCUCGCAAAGGACAUCUGGUCCAAGCAAGGAAAACGCGUUAUUCUGCUCGCACAGAAGAUAUUGCCCAGGGAGGUCACCGAGCUCUCGGUCCAAUCAAGGGAAUUCGAGAACAAGGUGAUGGAGGAAGCCACCGGGGGCCUGCUCCUCAUCGGAUUAGUUGCCAUUGUGGACCCGCCUAGGGAUGAAAUCCCCGAAGUCGUUCGCACCCUGCGCGGUGCCGGUAUCAAGAUCUUCAUGGUCACCGGUGACUUCCAGCUGACUGCAGCGGCCAUCGCUGCAGAAUGUGGCAUUAUUACCAACCCUACCGAGGAAAUCCACGACGUGUCUGCUUUAGCUUUCAAAGACUACCACUCUAGCCCAGGACGUGUAAACACUGUCCCGGCUUCUUCAAAACCCGACACUGCACGUAUUCUGCCUUCAUCGCAACUCGACGACAUACACCCACCGCGAUCUAUUGUCCUCAAUGGUUCAGAUCUCACCGCUCUAAACCAAGACCAAUGGGAUGGUCUCUGCGAAUACGACGAGAUCGUAUUUGCUCGUACUACACCUGAGCAGAAGCUUCGCAUCGUCACUGAGCUCCAAGCUCGCCAUGAGACUGUCGGUAUGACAGGUGAUGGUGUAAACGACGCACCCUCACUCAAACAAGCCGACAUUGGCAUUGCCAUGGGAAGUGGAUCCGACAUCGCCAUCGAAGCAGCCGACAUGGUGCUUCUCGAGUCCUUCUCUGCCGUGGUCGAAGCAGUCAAGUACGGCCGUGUCGUUUUCGACAACUUGAAGAAGACUAUCUGCUACCUCCUUCCCGCCGGCAGCUUCUCCGAGUUCUGGCCUGUCAUGACAAACGUGGUAUUCGGGCUGCCGCAGAUCCUGUCGUCCUUCCUCAUGAUCAUCAUCUGCUGCUUCACUGACUGCGCCGCUGCCACCGCAAUUGCGUACGAGAAGCCCGAAGCCGAUGCCCUCUUGCAGCGCCCUCGCAAUCCUCGCAAAGACCGCCUCGUUGACUGGAGGCUUAUCAUGCAUGCCUAUGGGUUUGUCGGAAUCAUGCAGAGUGUAACUUCCUUCGCCAUGUCGUACUGGUACGCCCAACGCCGCGGACUCCCGUUCAGCAUCUUAUGGUUCGGCUUCGGCGCUGUCCCUGACGGCAUGUCGAAGGAAGAAUACACGCAGAUCCUAAACACAGCCAGCUCCAUCUACUUUAUCAACUUGGUGGUGAUGCAGUGGUUCAACCUGAUGGCUGUCCGCACGCGGCGUCUUUCGCUGAUCCAGCAUCCUCCAUUUGGUCGUAAGGCUACUCGGAAUUUGUGGUUGUUCCCGGCGAUUAUCUUCGGAUUGUUGGUCGCUAUCCUCUUCCUGUACGAACCGAAACUGCAAGACGUGCUGGAUACCGCGGGUGUGCCGGUGGAGCACUGGUUUUUGCCUAUGGCGUUUGGCAUGGGGCUUCUGUUGCUUGAUGAGGGGAGAAAGCAUGUCGCUAGGAAGUGGCCAAGAAGCUUUGUUGCAAAGAUCGCUUGGUAGGAGGUUGUUUUGGCUUACGGCUUAUAACUACUGCGACUUGGAACAUAUGUCUAAAGCAAGGCAAUUAAUUGAUCAACAAUGCGG